AUGAUCUCUCGACUGCUGGAUGCUGGAUAUUCUGGAAAAAUAUCCAAGGGCGUGUGUCUUAAGAACAGCGAGAUCCUGGUCAUCUGUCAAGCAGCCAGGGAAAUUUUCUUGUCGCAACCAACAUUGAUCGAGCUGCAUGCGCCUGUCAAGAUCGUGGGUGACAUUCAUGGUCAAUACACAGAUUUGCUGCGACUCUUUGAGAUGUGUGGAUUCCCGCCAUCAGCCAACUUUUUGUUCCUGGGAGAUUACGUGGAUCGAGGCAAGAUGAGCCUGGAGACGAUCCUGUUGUUGUUUUGUUAUAAGAUUAAGUACCCCGAAAACUUUUUUUUGCUCCGCGGCAACCAUGAAUGCGCCAAUGUCACAAGAGUCUAUGGUUUCUAUGACGAAUGUAAACGAAGAGCCAGUAUCAAGAUGUGGAAGGCGUUCGUGGAUGUGUUCAACUGUCUGCCUCUGGCAGCGAUUGUUGCCAACAAGAUCUUUUGCGUCCACGGAGGAUUGUCACCGAAUUUGUCGAGCAUGGACGACAUCCGCGCACUGCGGCGACCGACAGAUGUACCAGACUAUGGCUUGCUGAACGACCUUUUGUGGUCCGAUCCAUCAGACACAGCACUGGAUUGGGAGGACAAUGAGCGCGGGGUGUCAUACUGUUUUGGCAAGAGCAUCAUCCAGAGGUUUUUGAACCGACAUGAUUUCGAUUUGGUGUGUCGAGCACACAUGGUGGUGGAGGACGGAUAUGAGUUUUUCAACGACCGGACGUUGGUCACGGUGUUCUCGGCCCCGAACUACUGUGGCGAAUUCGAUAACUAUGGAGCGGUGAUGAGUGUGAACGAGGACCUGCUGUGCAGUUUUGAGUUACUCAAGCCGAUCGAUCCAGCGACAGCCAGGGCGCAGAUGCAGAACUCAAACCAUGUUAACAUCCCUCCACAAUAA